AUGCUGAAGCUGCUGAUUCAUAGCAAGGACUCGUGUCAGACUGGUGUGCUCAUACCUGUACCCACAUACGCUUCAUUUAUUAUUGCUCUGGAAGAACAGGGAGCUGCCAUCAUACCGUACCAUUUGUGUGAGGAGCAGGGCUGGACGCUGCAGGUGGAGGAGCUUCGCAAGGCACUUCAUACAGGCAGAAAGACCUGCAAUCCAGUCGCACUUUAUAUCUGCAACCCAGGGAAUCCAACAGGUCACAUACAGAGUAGGAAAUCCAUAGAAGAAGUGAUCCGCUUCGCUGCAGAAGAAAGGCUCUUUAUACUGGCUGAUGAGGUGUAUCAGAGCUGUGUUUAUGGAGAUGAUACUGAGUUUUAUUCCUAUAAGAAGGUGUUAUCAGAAAUGGGCUCUACUAUUUGCAGCACUGUGGAACUGGCCUCCUUCAAUUCUGUCUCUAAGGGCUUCAUGGGAGAGUGUGGGCUUCGUGGAGGCUACAUGGAGCUGGUGAAUCUCGACCCUGCGGUGAAGGAAUACGCUAGUAGACUUUUUUCAGCUAGGUCCUGCCCACCUGUUGUUGGACAAAUUGCACUUGACCUCAUGGCAGAUCCUCCAAAACCUGGUGAUCCUUCAUUCCCCACCUUCUCUGAGGAGGUCCAGGCCAUUAAAAAUACGAUAUGUAAAAACACUGGUCGGAUUCAGGAGGUCUUUGCUGAGCUGCCGGGGAUCAGCUGCCAGCCACUGAAGGCCGGGUUUUUUGUCUUCCCCUGUCUACACUUCUCUCUGAAGGCAAUUAAAUGGGCCAAGAAAAGACAGAUGGAACCAGACAUGCUGUACUGUUUGCGUUUGCUGGAGGAAACCGGUCUGCAUGUGAGGCCGGGCUGUGAAUACGGACAGAGAAAGGACAGCCAUCACAUCAGGCUUUUUGUGGCAACUCAAGAGAACAUAAUGGAAGAUGCUCUGCAAAGACUGAAGACGUUCCUUCCGCGAUUCAUGAAGGAGUUUUCUUAG